AUAAAAGGAAAUUAAAAAAAAUAAAAAGGGAAAAAUUAAUCAAAUAAUAAUAACAAUAUUAGAGAAGAAGGAAAGUAAAUAAAAGAGAUGAUAUUGCCUCACAACAAUAGAUAAUUAGCUCGUUAAUAUUUCGAUAGCUUACCCGAAAAUGACAUCAAUAGAAAAUAUUAUGAAGGUCUUAAAUAUGAAACCCCAAAGACAUUCUUUGGACGCUUCUUAAACCAAUUUAACAUUGAUGCCAAGUUAGAUACCUUAAGCAAAUUUUACACUUAUCAAAAGACUAUUAGAGCAACUUAAGCUGAAUUAUAAGAAGAUAGAAAAAGUUAUCUUACCAAUUCUUUACUCUUCACUGCUGUUUCAUGGUUUUCCAUCUACCAAUUCGCUAGAAAAGGUGCAGUUUUACCAGUUUUGAGAGAAUAUGGUCGCUAUUUCGGUACUCACAGACUCUUCCGUCAAUAUCUUCACACUUUAGUUUUACCUUUGCUUUAUACAGAGUAUGCUUUGAAUCAAAAAUACUACACUCAUAUGGAACACCUUUGGACAGUUCACGUCAAUCGUCUCAAUCAAAAGAUCCUUGAAGAUCCUUUGUACACUUUCUAUCCUCAAGAAUUGAAUGUUCCCAAACAUAAUAUCAUUGUUCCUACUAUUUUCAGAGAUACUCCUCAAUGA